AUGGGUUUAUUUCACUUAGCAAACUGUCUAGUGUUGGCUACUGGUCCUCACUUGCUGGUAUACAAGUCUAGUGGGAUACCAGAAAAUGAUGCUUUUUGGCCCUGUUGCAAAAUUGCAUGCGUGUACGCACUUACACAAAUUUUGAAGUUUUUUCUGGUCACCUUAGCUCCUCAUACCUAUUUACCUAAGGGAGAUUCUAUGACAUUUGAUGUUUUUGGUAUAGUAUUGGAGAUAAUAGUAAUCACUAUGAUUGUACGUGGAUCACUUUGUAGAAGUGAGUUCAAUGUAGUAGCAUCCAGUGUAGGCUGGUCGAUCGCUUCAUUAGUAGCCACAAGAUAUGUCCCGAUUUGGGUUGGCACGCGUGGACUAGAAUUCGACUGGAAAUAUUUGUGUUUGAGUUACGAAGCAAACUUAGAUUUGGUUGAUACAUUUGUGAUGUUUUAUUCUGUUUGGUUACUGUCACGUCGCUCAGGCCCUACUUGGAGCACUCUAUUGGGCCUUCUCACCGUUGUGGCGGGGCCAGCUAAAAGUAUACUCUAUGCAUUAUUAUCCCACGAAAUUGAGAACAUCUUCGUAACUCUCACGAUAAAGACAAUCAUUUGCAUUAUCUUUGGAAUUACAACUAUGAUAAUACGAUUACAAAGACAUACUGAUCGAAGUGAAACCCGGGAAUCGCAAGGAUUAUUCACCAUUAUUCGUUUGUUAUACCAGUUGAUAACGGGACGAUACAUAUGUGCGUACAAAAGUCGAGGCUCAAAAUCCAGCUCAUCAGUGUUUCUCAAAAAUGUAAAAUGA